AUCGCAGUCUAAUCUAAUCUAAUUUAAUGUGAUUCACAGUAAGAAUUUAUUCUUCGUCCUAAUACGUGUGUAUUUAGUACAUUAAUUUAUUUAUUUAUCAUCGUUUUAACUAAUUAUCUAAAUAAAAAUCCAAAUUUCAUUUUUGGUGGAUUUUAAUUUUUUAAUUGUAUUGUUUUAAAAAAAUUAACCUCAAAACGAUUAAAGUUUUUUUCAAUUGUAUUUAUUUUAAAAAUUUUAAAGUUUUGUCGCAAUUGUUAACUAUGGCCCAAAAACUAGACCAACAGCUUUCUGAGUUAGAACAACUUGAAGAACUUAAAAGAUGUGCAGAACUACAUUUAGAGUGUUCUGAUAUAUAUCUUCCUAUGUUACGGAGCUUUUCAAAUCCAUGUGACUCAGAAAGAAAUCCUAAUCCUUGGAAGACUCUCAAAGAAGGAUCUUACUAUCUUGGAAACGCUUAUAAGUUAGUUCAACAACAUAAAAGUAUCAUAGGUUCACUAGAUAAAAACCUGGUGCCAGUGGAUACUUUGUUGACAUCACUAGAAUUUAAUUCAGAACACAUAUCAUCAGGGUACUCAGACGAAGCUUACGGUGGAAAGGCCAAAUGUUUCGUAUCUAAAGGUCAAGGCACCAGGUACUACAAUUUAUUGCACAGUGACUUGAAGAAAGAUGUGAGAUUAUUCUUACAAAUGGCUGAAUGUGACAUCGACGUUCCUAUUAAAAACUUUUUAAAGUCAAUCAAUCAGAGAUUGGAGGCUGCUCUAUACAAAGCCAUCAAAGAUGAUAAUCUUACGGUUAUGAAUUGCAGCCAGAAGGUAGUCGAUUUCAAAGACAACGAUGGAAGGACCGCAUUGCACUGGGCUGCUUACAAUGGCAACGUAGAUAUCGUAAACGCCUUGUUCGAAAAUGGCGCCCAAGUUACUCUGAGUAACAAAAGCAACACGCCGUUGCAUUUGGCUGCUUCGAAAGGCCACAUAGAAGUUGUUAAACUAUUACUGCAACAUAUCAGUUUCAGUAAAUCGAAUAGUAUCAUCAAUGCUAAGACAGUUGGUGGCAAUACGUCCCUUCAUGUCGCCGCUAAAAAUGGAUGCUUGGAAAUUGUUAAUUCUUUGUUGAGACAUGGCGCCAUUUAUGACAUUGUUAACAAAGAUGGCAAGAAGCCUAUUGACCUCGCUGAAGACCAUGAAGUCGUUGGUUUUCUUAAAUUUGUCGAUCAACUGUUUUUAAUAGUUAGAAACGGUUUUAGUGAAAUCAUUAACAGGCUGAAAAUAGAAAAAGGUGAGUUUCUUGCGGCUGCGGGUGCUCGAGAUCGUCAAGGAAAUUCAUUAGCCGAAGUUGCUAUUUUUAAUGGGUAUAAAAAGCUUGCGGUUAAAUUGUCAAAAAUGUUGCAAAAGGCUGGUAAGGAAAUACGAUAGUUGACCAUCCUUAAAUACUAUUGGUAAAUGGAUUCUUUUCUACAUUAAGAGAACUUUAUGGUAUUCUUGACAUCAGAAAUUUAUAGAAAAAAUAAUAUGAUAAUAGUAGCAUGAGGACAAUAUGGAAUUAUGAUAAAAACUACUCAUAACUGAAAUUUUUCAAAUACAUCGAACAGAAUUUACAAUGUGUAUUGUAACUUUCAAAAGACAACAGAUUUAAUUUAAUUUUAUUAAGUUUUACUAACUGCAUCUUAAUUGAUUAUGCAACAAUAUAAUAUUUUGUGAAAUAUUUGUAGAAAAUAAAAUAAAAGCAAUAAAUUAAAAAGAAUUUAUAAAUUAAAAAAAGCUGAAAAAAUGGAUUAGGUGUAUUCAACAGGUCAAUAGUCAAUAUACAUCCCGAGUCAAAAUAUUAAACGUAAAUUGAACGUUUUCAACGUUUUAAACGUAAUUUGAGCGAGCCUUUUGGACGAUAACCAACCUAUGAGAAAGAAAAGAAAUCGAGAAAAGAACGCACCAAGCUUUAUUGCAAAGUUCUCCCGACUGAUUUGCAAAAAGAUAUGUAGUAUUCCCAAGGUCUUCCUCGGGAACACAAUGGAUGGCGCUGUCACCUAAACGAAGAACAUUAAAUUGAAGACUGACACUGCCAUGAAGUUGCUCGAUCAAAAAUUAUGUUAUCUAU